UAUCUGUCACUGUGUGGUUCAAGCACAUACUAUUUCCCAUCAGCAACAAUGCCUGAAACGUAGCCGUGGCCCGCCACGAGAGACGCCGAGGCCAGAAGGCCAGCAAUGGAAGCGACCUUGGACAAAACCAUGCUGUCUGAUAGCAGAAGGUAAAAGUUCAGACAAUAAGUUGAAGAAGCAGCAGCCAACGAUUAAAGACCUGCUUGAUCAGGGGCCUCUGGAGCUAGAAGUGAUUGGGUUGAGCACAGAACAGAACAGAAUGCAGCAAUGGGGCGACAUUUCAGGCCCUUUUAUAACUAUUCUGAAGUGCUUCGACCCCUGUAAGUAUCAGCAGUGCAUGGAACCAGAAACCCCGACGACCCCUGAAAAAGUGUCCUGGUGGGCAGCCGGCAUAACUGAAGAAAUUAUCCAUCCCUCUGAUACAAGGGCUCCUGAAUCACCAGAUUCCCUUCUUCAUCUUCGGCAGAUAGGAACGCUACGAGAAAUCCCGGCGCCAAUGGCUGCAUGCAUGCAUGGGUGCCAUGAAUCAUUGGCGCUCCACAACCUUGCAAUCCGGAAAUGUUCUCUGACGCCGGCCUCUUUGGCCUGUGAAUGCAUGUACCGUGCAGCCACAGUCCCCUGCCGUUGUUCUUUUUUUCUCAGACCUUGCUGCUGGAACCGUCCAGAAACAUCAGACGCAUCAGCAUCUUUCACCUUCCUCCACAGUGGAUAUCGCGCCUUGACCGGUGGGUACCUUCGAUACACCGAGUAUCACGGCUCAGCAGCAGUGAAACCCAGACAUAGUGAUCCAUCUAUCUUCACAAAGCACAAUACGCCAGACCAUCGCGACAGACUGAGACUCCUGGUCAUCCGACUGACUAGUACGCCAUCCAGCCGUUUCUCUUUGAUGAAGAGGAGGCGUUGGGCAUGCCGCACAAAGCACACAGCCAAGAGGCUCCCUGUAUGGAAAGUGACGAUCCCCCAGGUUUUGCCGGACACACGGGCCGACGGCAAUAUACGAGCCUUUGGCACUUUUGCCUUGGGAUCCGUGCCUGAAACGGUUACCUCGCAGUUUCUUUUGCUGUGUUGGGCCUCUAAGGCGGCUCAGACCGAGACCAGGGAGGGUACCCCAUAUAUAAGUGGCCUUACCUUGCAAGUGAUUUGCCGUGCCUUGAAGAGAAAUGAUUAGCGUUCGAUGUCCCAACUAUUGUUUUGAUUCGAGAAUGCUUACUUUCACUGGCUGGCCCCUGAGCCUCUACUUCGAAUAAAGCCGGCGCUUGACCUGUGUUGUUCAUCAUGGAUACUACAAACGAACGCUAGAGCAAGUGCAUAAUUGAUUCAUCACCUGAU